UGCAUAGCGCUCUCCUUGCCGCCGUGCGCGCGUCGUCGCGGGCUGCCUCGACGCGGCUCUCAUUUAGUCGCGCUCCAGCAAACGAAGCGGUCGCACGAGCUCUACGCACAGAGCAGCAUGGCCACCACUCCCAACAAAAAGCCGCCGGCGCUGCCCCUCACCAGCCAGUCCCCCGGCGACUACCUGCUCCAAGAAGAAGCGUUACCCACGCCGCCGCGCCUCUCACAAAUGCUCGAAGACCUCGAGAGCCAGGCCGCGUCGGAGCUCGAGUCCUAUGGGGACGCGACGUUCGGCAAUGAAUGGACCGGCAGAGGCGACACGCCGAGGAAGGAGAAGGCUGUCCAGGAAGAAGCGAGGGAUGACGUGACCUGGGACCCCCAGCACACGAAGCGACCGCAAGGUAGAGUGACUCCUCGGGAGGACGUGCGCGUCGAAGCUUUAGAGCGAGGCUGUGUCAAGCUGAGACGAGAUGUCCGGACGGUCUGGAUUCUGGAGCGGAACUUCGAGGAGCGGAUGUCUCGUCGGGUAGAUGGGUGGGCGCAGGACAUCCGGGACAUGCGGGACGGCGUCGUGACUGAAAUACAAGACAAUCAGAGACGAGUAGUGAAAGAAGCCAUGGCCGAGGAGGCGCAGCGCCUUGAUGGGGCGCUUUCUCGUGUUUCUGAGUGCGAGGCCGAGAAUCAGAGGUUGAGGGACCGAUGCGCUUCCCUCGAAGCGCGGAUUGCCGACUUGAGUGACGCUGAGAGACGGUUAGACGCGCUGGAGGCGAGAUGCGCUUCUAACGAGAAUAAUCAUGCAUCCCUGACGCAAAGUGUCGAUGCGAGGUUUGCUGAUCAACAGGCUUCAUUAGACAAGCAUCGCGAGAGAAUCAAAGACCUGUCGACGAAAGCAAGGACCGAUGCCGGCCGUCUUAGUACGGUAGAGGCGAAGGCGGGGCCAGCCCAUGAAGCGUUGGUCUUGAUCCAAGACCGCAUGGCGGCGAUGGCUUUGUGUGACGAUGCUUCUUCAGUAGCCGCCAAGAGACCCUCGGACGCGCGCGACAUGGCGUCCCAGUUCUUGCAGGAUCCGGAAUUGCUGAGGGAGGGCGACCAGGGCUACGGGUUGUUACUGAGACUCUCGAGACCGGGGGCCGGGUCCGGCGAACACUUAGGUAAAAGAAGGGGCGUCAAUCUGGACGCGGCUGUCUUAGCCGAACAAAGACGAAAAUCACUGGAAGAACGUAGAUUGAAUCCGGAAGCGCCGGCGUCCGCGCCGACCGUGACGGGUGAUGCGACUCUAUACGCAUUAGGAGAACAUUUACGAAUUAUUUUUGACAGGGUCGAUAUUAACGGAGACGGCGAGAUCUCGCUCGUCGAGGCCGUGAAGGCCCUGAGAUCUGAUGACGAGUUCGCUGAGAUGAUGGGCUUCGACGAAGCGACCAAGAUAAAAAGCAGCGACGGCACGAAGGAUCGGCUGUCGUACGCGUUGUCGGAGAUGGACAGCGAUGGCGACAAGACCAUUAGUUGGGACGAGUUUAGGUGCUCGAUCCUCGGGUUGCGCAACGAGGCGGAACCUGUUCUGUUGAUUGAGGACGACGAGCUCGGUGGAGAGCUAGACGAAGACAUCGGCGAGGCGCAUGUUGAUUCAUUAAUACCGUCGGUGGUUGGUGAUGCCAUCCUAGCGACCUACCGUCGAUUAGAUGGUCUUGAGAGAAGUAAGGCCGACGAGGAGUACUGCAAGGCGUUAGAAAGUGACAUCGGCAGGUCAAACACCAAGACCGAUACAGUGGAGAAGAAACUACUCGAGAAACUACAAAUAGAGAAGAAGAGCACUGCUGAAUCAUUGGAGAAGACCAAGUCAUCCAUAGACGGUCUCCACGAGGCGAACGGGAAUACACUGUUGCGUGUUGAUGAAAUGAAGAAGAUGCAACAAGAGUUGUCAGAUGCGCUGUCGAAGAUGGACAACGACGCCCUGUCGGCUGUGAGAGAUUUCUUAGCCCCUACGAUAGAGAAAGUGAAAGACACCGCUGCAGCACUGGAGAAAUUUUCCUUCACGACCGAAUUUAAGUUAACAGAGUUACACGAAAAAAAAGAGUCGAAAAAACGCGUCGAGAAGAAGGCCGAAAUAGAAGUAGUGGACUUGAAGGCCGAGCAGAAGGACCUGGAAGCUACCACUUCAUUGGUCAACGUCAUCAACCAGACGCUGGCCGAAGCUUUGAAGCGGUUGGCGCGCGCCGAGGAUCAGAUCAAACCCCUCAAGAAGGCGACGGCAUCCCUCAAUACUGCUGUUAGGGACUUACGACGGCACGCGAAUCCCAUGGCACCCAAGGUCAAAGAGGAGCCCACCAUGGAGGACAUGCAUUCUCAAAGAGGUAGUAGGGAGUCGCGCUCUUCCCAGGACUCGCGCCCGCAGCGGUCGCCGCGCUCGCUGGACCCGAUGCCCGACCGGCCGAAAUCGCCGUCGUUCCCGCCGUUUCCUCGCAGUCCGCGGCCUCGUUCACCAGUACAUGACAAUCUGAUGCUCCACAACAUGCGCAUGUCGUGGUCGCGCGACGGGCAGCGGCGCGACGGCAGUCCCGAUCAUAGUAGGAGGCGUGUCGGCUUCGAGAACGACGUCCCGUUCGUCGAAGACGAUCCGCCCCGUCGGGUCAUUCCGCGGCGCGUGAAGGCACCGUUAGGGGAUAUUAGGCGGCCGGAGUCGCCCUGGGUCGACAUGGCGGAGAAAAAACGGGAUGAGCGGCUGGCGAGGGACUACCCGCGGUCGCGGACGCCGUCGGCGCCGGCCGGGAACACGGGGGGUCUCUAAUAAUUUUACAUAGU